AUGACCGACACGCAUCAAGGCUCCAACCCACAACAUCAAACCGGUGGUGGAAUGCGCUCUCAGUUCGGUGGCACAGGAACUCAUUACCAAAACCAACACCAAGGUUCAAAUAAGGCCCAUCAGGCCGUAAAAGCCGCCACAGCAUCUAUAGCUGGCGGCUCUUUGUUAGUACUGUCCGGGCUCACUUUAGCCGGGACAGUUAUCGCACUAACUGUGGCUACUCCACUACUUGUGAUAUUUAGUCCCGUACUAGUCCCGGCUGCGAUCACUGUAUUCCUUCUGGCGACAGGGUUUAUGACGUCAGGAGGGUUUGGUGUCGCGGCCGUGACUGUUUUGUCCUGGAUCUAUAAGUACGCGACUGGCGGAAACCCGCCAGGCGCGGACUCGUUGGACCAGGCUAGAGAUAAGUUGGGUUACAAGGCUAGGGAGAUGAAAGGACGGGCAGAGCAUGCAACCGGAAUGGGUCACCACCAGACCGGUGCGGGUAUUGGGCACCGUGAUAUAUAAUGUUAGGAAGAAAUGCUGGUGGUUUUUGGUUAAUUAAAUGUUCAUUUUUACUUUUUUAGUUUGGUUUUUUUAUGUUUGGUGUGUUUUGAUCAUGUCUCUGUAUUCUCUUGAAUAUAUGAAAUAAAUAAUA